AUGUCUGAUGGAUGGCGUGAUUCUGUGGUACAGAAAGACAUAGUCAACUUCCUGGUUAACUCACCUAAAGGCUUGGUUUUCAUCAGGUCAAAAGAAGUAUCUGAGGUGGUGAAAGAUGCUACAAUGCUCUUUAAGUUGUUGGAUGAGAUGGUUGAGGAAGUUGGCGAGAAGAAUGUGAUUCAAGUUGUGACUGACAAUGCCUCCAACUACGUGAAGGCUGGGAAGCUGCUUGAAGCUAAAUGUCCACAUCUUUUUUGGACUCCUUGUGCUGCCCAUUGUAUUGAUCUGAUGCUGGAGGACAUUGGAAAGAUAUGCUGUGAAGAACGCAAUGAAGAAGUGUUCACGAACCAGAAGAACUUGCAUCGACCUGCUGUAACUCGAUUUGCAACUUCCUUCAUCACCAUGACUCAGUUUCACCUUCAGCAAGCCAAUUUGAAGAAGAUGGUGACCUCAGAGGAAUGGAACAAGUCUAAAUGGCCUAAAGAAGCAGGAGCAAGGAAGAUGAAGCAGUAUAUUCUUCAAGAGAGCUUCUGGAGGAACAUAGCUUAUGCUCUGAAGCUAACAUGUCCCUUGGUGAAGGUGCUCCGGAUGGUUGAUGGCGAGAAGAAACCAGCCAUGGGCUACAUCAACGCUGCAAUGGAUAGGGCGAAGGAAACUAAUGCUAAGAGUUUCAAAUGGAAGAAGGAGAAAUAUGAGAAGGUCUUUGAGAUGGUUGACAAGCGCUGGGACUGUCAGUUACAUCAACCACUUCACGCAGCAGGGUAUUUCCUCAAUCCAGCUGUUCAUUAUACUCAUUCUGCUGAUGUUUGUUGUGAGGAAGUGGAGACUAGGCUGUACAACUGCAUCACAAAGCUGGUUCGAGAUAGUGCUGUCCAAGACAUGAUCAUGGUGGAGCUUGAAGUUUUUAAGAGUGCAAGUGGCCUCUUUGGUCUUCCAAUGGCUAUCAGGCAAAGGGAGAUUAAAUCGCCAGGAUGGAGAAAUGAUGCUAAGGAUCCAAUUUUGUUGGAUGAGAUAGAUGAUAGCAAUGAAUGGCUAAUGGGAAAGAUGGAUGGAAUCUCGUCCAAUGAUGAAGAUGAUGAUUUUGUCCAUGAUGAUGAAGACUUGACGUGGAGUGUGGUGAGCAAAGCAGUGGGAGCUGAAGAACCAAGCUACACUACUAGAGGAGCAAAAACUCCUAAGGACAACAAAGGGAAAGGAAUUGUGAGUUCUUCAACUCAGAACAAGCGCUUGGAUUUGGUUGAUGAAGAUGAUGAUGACAUUGAAGGAGAGGAAGGGUUUGGCUACGAGAAAGAUUUGGAGUAUGAGGAGAAUGGUUAUGAAUGUGACUAG